GUGACAUUUCUGCGGGUGGUAGUGGGCGGUAAGUAUGGCUUUCGUUCGUGUAUUUCGAGGGUGCUACCGACUUAAUUCUUCACUUUCAAAAGUUGUGAAAGGAACAGAACCUUUCUUUGGUCGCUGUAAAGCAGUAGGAGCUCUUUCUUUUACGAAAAAGCGACACUGCAGUGAAAGCCGUGGAUUUCCAUCCGUUGUGGGGAGAGAUCUGCUUAAUCUGAAAGACUAUACUGGUGAUGAGAUUAGAUACCUGUUAUGGACUGCUACUGAUUUGAAGGAAAGAAUUAAAAAAUCAAAAGAGACAAUUCAACUUUUAGAAGGAAAGUCAGCUGCUCUUAUUUUCCAGAAGCGUAGUACAAGAACGAGAGUGUCAACAGAAACCGGACUUGCUCUGCUUGGUGGACACUGUGUUUUCCUCACAGAACAAGACUUUCAUCUCGGAGUCAAUGAAUCAACUAGAGACACAGCCAGAGUCCUCUCAGGAUUUUGUGAUUUUAUCGUGGCUCGGGUCAACAGACAGGAAGAUCUGGAAGUGAUGGCAGAAGCAGCCACUAUACCAGUUAUUAGUGGCUUAUCAGAAAUGUACCACCCUGUGCAGAUACUUGCAGACCUGCUGACUCUACAGGAGCACUUUGGUAGUCUCUAUGGCCACACUAUUAGCUGGGUUGGAGAUGGCAACAAUAUCAUUCAUUCACUGAUGAUGGCAGCUCCCAAGUUUGGGAUGCACUUGAAUAUUGCAACUCCAAAGGGCUAUGAACCAGACAGUGAAAUAACAAAGGUUUCCCAAGAAUUUGCUCAAGAGAAUGGUACAUCCCUGAACCUGACAAAUGACCCAAGAGAAGCAUGCUCUAAUGCAGAUGUGAUUGUGACUGAUACAUGGGUCAGCAUGGGACAAGAAGCAGAGAAAGCUGGUAGACUCAAAUCUUUUGCGGGUUACCAGGUUGAUACUAAGAUGAUGUCCCUGGCCAAGGAAGAAGCUGUUUUUCUACACUGCCUGCCUAGAAAACCUGAAGAGGUGACUGAUGAUGUAUUCCUUUCUGACAAAUCCUUGGUUUGGCAGGAGGCAGAGAACAGAAAGUGGACAAUGAUGGCAGUGAUGGUAUGUCUGAUGGAUGACUAUUAUCCUAUUUCUCCAAUACCACAGUUUUAGUCAAACUAUCUUUACUUUAGGGAAAUUUUAGAAUUAUAGGACAGUAUGCUGUGUACAGCUACUCGUUUACUUGAGGAGAGCUGACAAAUGUACACAGGGUAUUGUAAUUAUAGGUUGGUGUUUAUUAUCAUUUUGAUGUCUGCAUGGAUCACGUGGGUUAUGGUAGCCUGAAUUGUUCAGUUAACUGAUUGUUUUAAAUUAUCAAGACUUCAGUAGGAAUUAAUUGUUACAUAAUUUUUUGUCAUCAUUGGACAUCAAAAUAAUGCCCAGUUGAGACUGAUAUCAAAAUUUCCCGAUACCCUUGACUGUUUACCUAAGCAGUAAAAUUAUGGCUGUUUACUAUGAUUAUCAGUUGAGUAAAGCGCGACUAAAGGUUGGUGACCAGGUUUUAAUGUUCAACUUGAGUUGUUUUAACAGGCAACUGACUCCGUUUCCAGUGGCAACUUGUCGGCAUUUGAUGUCAUUGCCAGCAAGGCACAUAAAAUUGCGGCGACAGUGUUGUUACCACUGGAAACAAGGAAAGUUGCCCGUGGCAACACCGUAAUUUUAAGUCCAACACUUCGUCAACAAAGCACUGUGGCACCUUAAUCAACUGAUAAUCGUAGUAAAACAACUGCCUCUGUCAAUAAGACUGAGCACUGAACACCAAAAACAUUAAGUAGAGACUGAUUUUAGUAAUAUAUAUAUUUGUAUAUGUUGUAACGUGCAUUCAGUAAAGGACAACAUUUUACUGGA